AUGACCAUGUCGAUCCCACGACAGCGCCCUGGGCGUAUCGUUGCCUUGGAGGGUCCUUCGGAAAUCGUUUCUACUCAAUUGCGUCUUCUCCCGGCCUCUCCCCAGAUACUCGUCCUCCCAAGUCUUCGACACUACUUGAGGGACAUCAACCCGGAUGCGCCUUUCGACCCGCGGGAACUCAUCCGCCAAUAUCACGCUGCUUCCCAAACCCGACACACAGAGGCCCUAGAUUUCUUGAGGCCCUCCAUAUCGACAGGCGAGAAGCGGAUUGUCUUCAUGCACGGGGGCACCAUGUCGGCCCAGGUGUCAUGUCUCUCGACCAUCAUGGAGCAUGAGCCGGAUGGUGAUAUCGAGGAAGCCUAUGCCACUUGCAUCCGGCUGGCGAGCAAUGGCGCUGCUAGGCUAUCAUCUGCGAGGCUCUCAGACUACGAAGCCGGUGGCUCGCCUUCGGAAAGCGUGACGAUGGGCGAAGUACUUGAGCCAGCAGUCUUCGAUGGAGCGUGGGGUCGACGGCACGAAUGGGGAGGAUACAUGGAAGACGCUGGAGGCGACACCGUCGAGGAACGCAUCAUUCGCGCCAUGAGAGCUGCAGACGCCCUCGACAAGGAGACCGAGUUUCUCCAGCCGCUCACGCCAGACGUGGAUCUCACAGUUAAGCUGGUCGAUAUCCCACCGUCCAAGAAGCGGCUGAGCUCAACCGUUACUGAGGCUUCCGAAAUUCUUCGGGGGCCCAGACCGCCCUCCCCAAGUGACGGCCAGACGAGGCUCUACGAGGACCCAGUUUCCCGUGUCUCACUCGACGCCACCUCGGCGGAAACACCCGCCUCAGCCGCACCUCGCAAACCUCCUCUGAGGAUCCACAUCCCGUCCUCGACGAUACGCUGGGCAGGCGAUGUGGCACUCGACGGCAGCCGGCCAAACGCCUACCACUCACAGGACCAGGUACCCGGGGUUCCAUCUCACAAAAGAUCACGAACCGCCGAGUCGAACCUGUCGCCUAAGCAGAAACCCGUUGGCCAUGACAGCGUCCAGGAGGAGGUGGUGGUACCAGAGUCACGAAGCGAUCCAUUGCCUUUGAGUGGGGACGGGAAUUCAACUGAGCCGACGGCCUCUCGGCCUCUCGACACAAGAGAGCAGCAGCCUUUCGAGUCGGUUUUGCCGCUUUUGGAGGAUCUCGUCGUCUUCUUCACCCCCGAGACACCCGACAAGCUGCAGAAUUUUGUUUUCAGGCGUCUCAGUGAGGGGUAUAAGACUCCGCGGCAAUCAAUCUCAAUAUCGGCGCCUUUGGUACCCCAUUAUGACGCUUUCCAAGGAACAAGUCGCCUCGAGACAGGCGAUGGCCGGGAAGUUGACCAAGGCCAGUCAGAGGACAGCAAUCCCGGUGCGGUCGUGCCCUGGAUGCGGAAAGACUUGGUUCAUGGCCUACCCACGCCGAACCACUCUCCGAAUCCGCUAGACACCUCGUCCGUAAGCACGCCACUUCUAGAUACGAGGCUCUAUAGUAUCAGCGUCGGACAGGAGACGGCAGCCUCCAUACAGAAUUUCUUGCGGUCAUUCCUCGGCUCCCAGUUCCCGCUACAAGACCGUCGGCUUUCGGCCGCUGACGGCGCCGAGUUUCCAGCAGAAGCUGGCUUAUGGAGAGCUUUGGAGUACGACGGACAGGCCGAGUCCCAUGAUGGCGAAAGAAGGCUCGAUCUGAUCAUGGCCGUCGGGUCCGAGAGCGGGGUGACCAAGAAUCGUUUGUCAGAGGUUAUCGGGCAAAUCGAGAAACUGGGGUUCAAGACCAGCGGGCUGUCGCGAAGCGGGCGGUUAGAUAUCAGAUAUCUCAUCGCCAACGCGAUGCAGGCGUUUACUGCCCAGCCCCUGACCAAGCAAACUCAAAGCAACCCAUUUGCCGACCGCGCCCUGCUCGCCGCGCUAAUCAUCCCUCAUCUCGAAACGUACUUGGCCACUCACCCGGACGUGCGGUUUCUGCUCAUCGAGUAUCCCUCCGAACACCUUCCGACCGUCCUGGCCCUCCAGACGCUCAUUGGGACGGAGAUGAUGAAGGUCGUGGGCAUCAUCGACAGUGAUGUCUCGACCCCUGUACAGCAGUCUUUGUCGAUACCGGACACAAGCCGCCGCGCGAGCGAGGGCUUCCGGUCUCUGAACCGUCGGGGGUCACGCAAGUCGGGCGCCUUCGUCGGGCCCUGCUCCUUCUCCAAAGCCAACUUUCUGCUCGCCUCGUCCGCUACUGGAUUCGAGACUGCUGCUUUUGUCGCCGCGAUUCGCGAGAGCUUGAUCUCCAUAUCGGAUUACUACAUGCCCGAACAUCCACUCUACAAACACCCUGCUCCAGAAUCACCACCGACGAAGUCGUGUCCAAGUCCUUCCGUGAGCACGAAGUCCACCGACAUAAAACCGCACUCCGAAAAGACCUCACUAGUUCCUGGGCCAACCCUCAUCACCCCACCAUCUUCUCCAACGGAAUCGUCGUCGCCGCCUGCGCACCCACCUCAUCACGUCAACCCGCGAAGCAUCCCUCCCCGGUCCUCGUCCUCAGCAGCAGCGUCACCGCCCAGCAGGGGCACCCGUUCCUUCACCGAUAACCCGCCGAUGAGCAGCCACGUGCAGUGGGGGGAGGUCAACUACGCCAUUCCUCCGGUACCCCCAUUGCCCACCACCCACACCCUUCCGCAGACUGUUUACAGUCCCCAUCACCAAAAGAAACACUCCGAUCCCCUUUCACCGCGCGGCAUUGCCCCGCCAUCAACACCAGCACCAGCACCACCACUCACAUCAACGGCGGUGUCCAAUGGCGGUGAGGCAGAUGACAAGUCCCCUGAGCACCUGGAAGCCCCACCAGAGUAUACCGCCACUGCCACUGCCACUGCCACUGUUGCCGCCAACAACGGCGAGGACGACUACUACUACAGCGAGGACGACUCGGAGCCUGACCCGGAAGAGCGCCGGCUGAUGCCGCUGUACCUCCGGCGGCGCGAGGAGAUUGAGAGGGGCCGGAGCAGCAAGGCGAUGCGGUGGUUGGGCCUGGUCUAG